AUUAGGCAUAUCGUCAGAGGUAAAGGCUUUAAAAUUUCACAUAAUUUUAAUUAAGAAAUUGAAAAAUAAUAGCUAAUUAUCAUCAUUCAAAGUGGAAAGACCAUUUAAAUAGCUGUAUAAUACGCAGACAUUUCGCCAUCUUCGAAGUAGUAUAAAACCAUCACUCUGGUAGCUGGUUUUACAACUGACAGAAACAAUGAUUUGGUUUUCCGUCUUCAGUGCGGUUUAUUUUUUGAGUGUUCUUGGACAUUCCGGAGCGAUCUCAAUAGACCAGUAUCUUGCCGUGAACAAUUGCGACGAAUAUAAACCAAAGUCAGCUGUGCCGCUACCGGUCACUGGUGAAUCACGAUGUAUUACCAUUACAGAGAACAAUAAGCGCAUUAAUGAUGGAAAGCUCCUAUAUACCAGUUUUACUGAUCAGUUGGACUUUACAGACAAUACCCCACGCUUUUGUUUCGACAAAAACAAUAAACUUGUUGCUUUUGAUGCCUCUUUCAACGGUAACAAUCCAGACGAAGUUGCCAAGGUUGAGAUUACACCAUGUAGAAAGGCGGGAUAUUGGACCAACGGAAACGUAUUUUGUAACGUUCCUGAAUGUUCCAAAUAUAUAGAGCAAACGAAUACAGAUUAUUUUGAAGAUGAACUACAUGUGACUGUGAAUAUGAAAGACCUUUACGAGAUACCGGUAACAGGAUUGGGAAAAACACGUGGUGUCAAUAUUAUAAAGUUUGGUGGAACGCCCGAUCAUCGUUUGAUAUAUAAUACUAAGACCAAUUUGACAACGAAGCUCGACACCGAAAAGUUUAAGGACUAUUGUAAUUUAUAUGGUCCUUGUUAUAAGGGAGAGUUCCUCGGUAGAAGCGAUUUACUUUACCUUAACGGUGGGAGGCCUCCAUUAGUUUUUAAACGACAAGGUGAUGAGGUAUUCAUUGUUCUCAGGUACGACCCAAGAAUGUUUGCCUUUCGUGAUCGCCCUCCUUAUGUGUCCUGUUAUUACACACCCGAUAAAACAUCCGAGGAGUGUGACUCACCAACAGGUUCCUUUAAGUGGACAAAAUUAUGGAAGUCUUCGCUACCUUUUGAAAAAGAAUGGUUGUCAUUGAGUUUCUUCACUCGAUGGUCUUCCAAACAAGAUUGCGUCAUUAGAGUGACUGAUACUGAGACGGGGAAUGAUCUUGUUAACUUUACUGGGCCCUGUGGAAGAUAUGCUGAUAUGAAUUUAGGGAACUUUCCUUAUCCUAGGGUUGGUCUCUUUGGUAAAGGUAUAAAUGGAUCUGUCAAAUUGAGAUUCAAAGAUAUUGUGUUCAAAUGAUGAUUUUGCUCUUCCGAAAUCUAAUUUACGAUUAAUAGAUAAGUUUUCAGACUGGACUUCUAGAAAAAUUCCUCUUUCAAAAGUUUUCCGACAAACGUACCAACAUAAUAUUCAUUAUAACAUACAUGUAUAUGUUCCAUAUUACUAUUUUGGAAUCAAUCUGAAAUAAAUAAAGCUUAAUUUUCGACA